AAUAAGGAGUUUGUAGUUUGUGGAACCACAAGAAGUUAGCUGGAGUCACUGCCACAUGCUGCAUAGUUGAUUCCUUUCAUGAAUUUUUGUUCUUGCAUACACAUCUUUCAGAUUUUUCUAGGCUGCCUAGAGGCAGAGCCAUUGUGUAAAUAGCUGAUAUUGCCUUAGUUGUGAUUAAAACAGAAGUGUGCAGUCUGUAAUAUAUUCUUGCAGUUGACACAUUUUAUAUGUGGGAUAAUCAAUCAGUGAGUCAACUGGGCUCAAGUCCCACCAAAUCCUAUCCCACCCAUUUUGUCAUUUCCUUGGCUUCCAAAGGAUAACUGAGCAUUACUUGUGUAGGUGGUUCUUAGCUUCAAAGGGAUUCUGAGUGACUCCUCUCAUCUGUCACACUUCCCUAUGGACAUGUCCAGGCUGUUCAAGUUGCUCUUUGCUCUGCAGCUGUCUGGAGACACCAUCUGCUCUAGUGAGUCCCCUGGUCACCUGCCUCUGGCCUCCAUUCCUUCUCUAGGCUGACAGAUUCAGAUAUGGGUAACACUAUAAGCAUAAACACAACGUAUUUCUGUUUAAUCAUCCAUGAAAACUUGACAUACUGAUACAAAUUAAAAUAAAAAUAGGAACCCAUGUCCAUCUGUGCUAAAUUACAAUUUUUCCGUGAUGAUUAAUCGCUGCCUUACCUGUGUUUUAUGGAGUGAAUCUACUCCAUUUAUUUGUUGAUUUGAAUUUGACCUUCUGACUCAAUCAGCAAGAUAACAGAAUCAUGGAAUAAUAGAAGAUCUGGAACUGAAAGGGACCCUCAAGAAUCGUUAACUCCUGGCUCCACACAGGACCACCCAAAAUUCAAACCCUAUGUCUGAAAGCACUGUCCGAACACCCCUUGAACUCCAGCAGCUUGGGGCUGCGACCACUGCCGUGGCGAGCCUAUUCCAUGCUCACUGCCCUCUGGUGAAGAACCUUUUCCUAACUUUCAACCUGAGGAGGCUCUGUGCUGUUCCCUUGGGUCCUGCUGCUGUCACUAGAGAGCAGAACUCAGCACUGCCCCUCAUGAGCAGCAGUGUUACCCAAACCAGCACUCAGUGCUGGAGGUGAGGCCUCACAGUGCAGAGCAGAGUGGGACAACCCUUUCCUUCACCUGGCAGCAGCACUCGGCCUAAUGUACCCCAGGGUUCAAUUGGCCACUUGGGCUCCCAGGACACACUGCUGGCUCAGAUUCCACUUACUGCUAUUGUUCUUUCUUUGAUCAGCAGAUACAAAUCCAGUGGUUACCAACCAAAAACUUCUAGGAAAGCCAUUUCUUUUUACCCUCUUUCACUAUUUUCUUUUACGAUAAGCUUCCUUGAGCAUCUUAGCAACCUUUGCCCAUGUGGAAAGGUGAUAAAGGAGAAUCCCUUUCAGCCUUGAUCUGAGCAGUCAGUGUAACAUAAGAAAGAAGCAGAUAUCAGUCCACAUCUCAGACUGAUACUUCUCCUAUAAUUACCAACUGUUUGCAAACUUUUCCUGUAUGAAUUAUUCUUCUGGCUCAAGUACACUAUUAGAUGCAUUGCAUCUCCUCUCAUGGUUUCUUAUCACAUAAGUGUUUCCUUAUGUGUCAUCCAGCGUUUUCCCUCAGGUUCCCUUUCUUUGUCCUUGCUGCAUGAAUCUCUAAAGGCCCUUUUGAGGCUCCAUCACUUGUUACCUGAGAAACCUAUGGGGAGCAGCUGCUGAUGGGUCCUUUCUUCAAGUUAAAGGGCACACAACAACCUGUUACUCCACUUGCUGCUGGAUUUCUGGGAGCAUCUAGAAACCAUGCCUGAUGCAUAGGACUGCGCUUGGCCCGCAGCCCAUCUUAAAUGUGAAGUACAUCUUGGUAAGGGCGAGGACCUGAAGCAUUAAGAGCUUGAGUCAAUUCUGCUUUGUACAGAUGUUGAAGAGCAAGCAUUAGGAGUAGCUACUUUAGAGGAUCUGUAGCAAGAUAUGCUUUUCUUAGUUGAUCUUGGAGUGGCCAACAGUGACGGUGCAAGGAUCAUUUGGUAACAACAGCACAGUACAAAGCAGUGCUAGAUAUAGGAGUAAAUCUGGGCCACUGUUCCUUUCAAGACUAAAACCAUAAGGUAUUAAGUCUUUGGUUCUGUUGUGGCUUAAUCCAGCAGGGAGCUCAGCCCCACACACCAAUUUGCUCACUGCCCUGCAAUGGGGCGGGAGAGAACAUGCGAAAAAAUGGAAGAACUCAAGACUCGACAUAAAGACAGAUUAAUAGAAGGAAAAAUAAUAACAACAACAAAAAAACACAGAACAAAUGAUGCAAAUGCAAUUGCUCACCAGCCACUGACAAGAUGCUCAGCCAGUCCUUGAUGAGGGGCUGCACCCUCGGACAACUCUCCCAGUUUUUUGUUCAGCAUGAACAAUAUGGAAUAGGAUGGGACUUCUCUUUGGCCUAUUUGAGUCAGCUGUCCUGCUUCUGUCCCUUUUCACCUCCUUGUGCACCCCAGUCUCCUCACUGGCAGGGCAGUAUGGGAAGCUAAAAAAUUGUUGACUGCUCAGAAACAACUAAAACAUCAACGUGUUAUUAACAUUCUCAUCCUAAAUCCAACAUACCAGCCACUAUGGAGAAAAAGGCUCUGUUUGGGCCAAAACCAAGACAAGUACUGAUGUUCUUGCUGAAGAUGAAAUAAACAGAACAUCUACAAGGUUAGGGAAACAGAAUCUUGGGAAAAAAAAACAAUACUUUUGUUCUUUAAAAAUAAGAUUGACAGCUGUCAUGCUUUGGUAUCAGCAAGAUGGUUAUGUUUUAUAAAACAAUUUAUAGACUUGUCUCUAUAUUUUUUCCUCUGUACUCCACAUCCAUUUAACUGUUAUUCGAUGCAUUUUAGAGCAAGACUGUGUCAUUCACAGUGCUACCAAAAUAUUCUGUCAAAGCUCCUAGCAUAAUCUGAUUCAAAAUCUUGUAAGGUUUGUUUGUUCAGAAGCUUCAGUUCUCAAUUUUGAGUAAGAGUAAAUAUAAUCAUUGUACUAAGCUAAAUAAGAAAAUUAGCAUUUGUCAUUGAUACUCACAAAUCAUGGCUAUUCUGUGGUGCAACUAAACAGGUCUGCAAGAUAAAUUCUGUCUACAAAGUCACUUUAUUCUAAACAUAGCAUUUUCUAAAAAAUGAUUUUCCAUCUUAAAAUGCAUUUAAUUGUAAUAGGCUUAUGAAAAGCUUUCUGAAAUCAUCUCAUAUCAAUACGUCUGCUAGUACUGUGGAUCGUAUUAGAUGGAGAAGAGAUCAAAAUGCAGCUGUUAAUAUUAAGAAGUAUAGAAGCCUUACCCAGCACUGAGGCUUAUUAAAAAUUAUUACUUAUGCACUUGGUAGUGACUUUUUCCAUGAAAGAAAAGAGGUUUAAUAAUAUUGAUGUUAACUGAAGAAAUAAGAAAGAGUCUUUUCCUGUGUAUAAAGUGGUUUUUCAUCUUGUUUCAGCCAAAGUUGGUUUCCUCUACAUCCAAUUUCUGAUGCAGGUGAAGUGAAAAGAGGAAGAGUGCUCUCCUGAAAUGCUGGGAGAAAGGACACAAUAUAGAACUAUGAUAGCAACCGGAGGAGUCAUAACAGGACUGGCUGCCUUGAAAAGGCAAGACUCUGCCAGAUCUCAGCAACAUGUAAAUCUUGCCACAGCACCAGCUUCUGAGGAGAAGAAACCAGUCAGACGCCGACCUAGGGCAGAUGUAGUCAUUGUCAGGGGCAAAAUUCGACUUUAUUCUCCAUCAGGAUUCUUCCUUGUUUUGGGAGUGCUUAUCGCAUUCUUGGGAAUUGCAAUGGCCAUCCUUGGAUACUGGCCCCAAAAGGAACAGCUUUUGGCAUCUGAAGAUAGUGUAUCAGUUAAUGAAACCCAGGUCCUAAGAAACCAAGGAAGCAUUUUACUUCGUUUCUUUGAGCAGCAUGUGCACUCAGAUAAGAUGAAAAUGUUGGGUCCUUUUACCAUGGGUAUUGGAAUCUUCAUUUUUAUUUGUGCAAAUGCCAUUCUACAUGAAAACCGUGACAAGGAAACAAAAAUCAUACACAUGAGAGACAUAUACUCCACUGUAAUAGACAUCCACACCUUGAGGAUCAAGGAACAAAAGCAGUUGAGCGGUGCCUUUACUGGUUUGUUAGGGGAAGGAGAACUCAGGCAAAGUGGGAGCUUGUGUGCAUCCCGGCUGGCCGCUAACACAGUUGCACCUUUCUCUGGCUUCAAAAGUAAUUUUAGAAUGGAUAGUUCUGCUGAAGAAGAUGAAAUUACUCUAAAUGAAGAUAGGACCACUGCUAGCCUACUACCGCCUCUGCUGACUGACCAGUCUGGUUCGGUCUUUGGACUCUACCCUCAUUCCAGCAAGGCUUCAGAUGACAAAAACACUAGUUCUAUAAAGUGUGAAACAAAAUCCAUUGUAUCAUCUUCUAUUAGUGCUUUCACACUGCCGGUAAUUAAACUGAAUAAUUGUGUUAUUGAUGAGCCCAGUAUAGACAACAUAACCGAGGACUCAGAGAUCACGAGGAGUCGGUCCAGAAAUCUCUCAAUGGACUCUUUGGCCAUUCCAUUGACUGACACCAAUGAAUCCUGCAAGCCGGCCAUGCUACCACGACAUAAUUCAUUUGUGGACACUCAGCAUGACCAGUUCAAGUCUUCUGUGAUCCUCGGACCAAGCACAGGAAAGCUUUUAUCCCCUGGUGCUGCCAGGAAGCAGUUUGGUUCCAACACAUCUUUGCAUCUUCUGUCUUCACAUUCAAAGUCCCUGGAUUUGGACAGGGGUCCAUCUACACUCACUGUCCAAGCUGAACAAAGGAAACAUCCCAGCUGGCCCAGGCUGGAUCGGAGCAACAGUAAAGGAUAUAUGAAAUUAGAAAACAAGGAAGACCCAAUGGAUAGGUUACUUGUGCCACCAGUAGUGGUAAAAAAAGACUUUACCAAUAAGGAAAAGCUUCUUAUGAUAUCAAGAUCUCAUAAUAAUUUGAGUUUUGAACACGAUGAGUUUUUGAGUAACAAUUUAAAGCGGGGAACUUCAGAAACAAGGUUUUAAUAUUUAAAUUCAAAUCUACAAUAUAUCAUACAGUAUUUAAAAAAAACAAAAACAUUUUGACAAGUGUUUCCUUUUCAGUGAAAAUUGUACAAGCCUGUUUUUAACCAAACGCUUAAUAGCAUAUUAAAAUUGGCUUGUGCAAACAGAUCUUCAUCUUUGUAAGGCCAAGUUUUUUGUCAUAGUACCAUACAGUUGCAAUAUUGUACAUUAUCAGUGCUCAGAGAGUUUUGGUACAACUGUUCCAAAUUUUUUCCAACUCAUUUUUCCUACUGUUCUAUAUAAGCAUGUUAGUUUCUACCAAUUUGACUCCAAAAGCCUGCAUUAGAAUAAAAGCUCAAUUUACUUAUAAGUUCUGUUUAUUUAAAGACUGUGAGACUCUAAAAAUUGUACUCGUGGUCUAGAAUGGGAAGUGAGCCGCAGUACGUACUGGAAUUGUUAAAUUCAAGCCUUUAUCCUAGGUGUUGUCUUUCACAUAUGAUACAUCUCAGUAACUACAAUCUUGCCACUAUCAUUUGAGAAACUUGUUUACAUGUUGAAGUGGGUGGUUAAAGAAGAGUGGGUAUAAUUAUAAACAUUUAUGUGAAUUCAUUGUUAUUGAUCAAGUUGAAUACUAGUGUUGUGAAUUAUUUACUAUGCUUUGUACAACAAUGUUUCUACAUACAUUAUAAUUUAUAUAAUCCAGUAAUUCCAGGAAAACAUAUUAAAGAAAUCUGAAAAUCCUUCUGGGGUUAGCUCUCUAAAGCACUUUGAUUGGCAGCAGUUUUAAAAUCAAACUGUUUGGAUUCAUUUAAAAUCAUAGGAACAUAAUGAUAACAUGAUUUUAGAAAUGUGAUAUAUAGUAAAAUGAUAUUGUGACAUAAUUAUGAAGAGAAGAAUGGAAAGUGAAUAUAUUGCCUCUCAAUAGCAAGAAGAUAACUAGAUCUCUAUGGUCAAAAUAGCUGAUACAAAGCAUACAACUCAAUAUGCCUACUGACACAGUACAAAAGCCCCUUGCCUGAAUUUUGCUUUAUAUAUUUCACAUAAUUAUUGGCAUGGUGGAUCACUGAAAGCUUAGCUGGACUAAUUUGCAUUACAAGAUGUUGCAAAAGUUUGUGACAUUUAGAACAAUGUUUUUCUCAUCAGAGCAAACUUCUCAGUUGGCAGUUGUAGGCUGUUUAUAAAUAAAGUAAGAAUUUGAGUGUGCAUACCAGUUUUCAUUUAUUUCAUUAAGGUUUUUAGGCUUUAAUCCUGCCAUGACUGCCAUGAUAGAGAAUGUCACUUCUGGUUGCAAGGCUCACCUAGCAGGAUGUUGGUCUUAAUUGGUCAUUUUGGAUAUAUACACUUAACUUAAAUGCUCAGGAAUUAUUUUAAAAGGCUUUUCUCAAAAAGAAUCAAAUCCGUAAAAAUGUUGUUGUACUUCAGUUGUUUAUGAAAGAUCAAAGAUAACAAUACUCUUUUUUUUUUAAUAUUCAGCUCCGAGUUUCAACUGCGCAAUGUUUAUGUAUCGGGAGCAUUACUUGCUCAGUGAAUUGAGGCGUAGUGUUAACUAUUAGAACCUCAAGCCUAUAUAUUGUAAUAAAGUUGGCUAAAUAUUUUGCUAUGAAGCUUUUAAUAACUUUCUGGUUUGUGUUCUUAAGACAUUUGCUAUUUUUUGAAACAAAAAUAAAAUGUGUAUCUACGUA